AUGAGACUUCUUAUAGCUUGUGAUGAAAGUGGGGGACUUAAAGAGAUUAUAUGCAAUAAGGGAACAGAUACAUCAGAUCAGCGGGCUUUGCAGCCCUUCCACAAUGAACUGCAUCUGGCAGAAGGUUUCAACAACAGAAUACAGAAGAUGCUGCUAAUAGGUUCAUCACAUUCAUUGCUUGCGAGAGCCAAUGGCUCAUUGCAACUAGUACGCUUCGAUCAGGAGAGAAGAAACGUGGAUGAAGAUGACGUGACAAAACAGCCUCAAUUUGAUGUUACUAAUUUCAAGAUCGUUUCCAGUGUCGAGGGACUUUUUGACGAACAGCAGAUCAUUGACUUGCAUAAAAGGUCUCAAAAGAGAUCAAAACCUAGGGAUGGUUUCGUUUCAUUAUGUACAAUUCCGACAAAGGCCACGCAUGUUUUCAGCGCUACCAAAUCAGGAUGUAUCCACAUCAUUGAAGUGAACGUAGAGGAAGAUUCGCUAAAAACGGUUCAAUCGCAUAAGGUAAAGGCUCCAUUAGAAUUUACUCAAAUCUACGACUUAGAUGAGCAGAUGAAAAAUCUCGUUUUUGCUUAUGGUGGUGAGGAAAACCUUGUCAAGCUUGCAGAUUUAUCUGCCGAUUUUUCUACUUUGAAGCAACUAUGGGAAGCCAAAAAUGUUAAGAAUGAUCGACUAGACCUCAAGGUACCAAUUUGGCCCAUGGAACUGAAAUUCUUGAAACCUGCUGAUGGUUCCUUUGAAAACAAAAUCAAUUAUCAGUUCAUCACAAUUUCACGCUUUUCACACUAUAGAAAAUACCAAACAAUUCAUGGCCGGAAGCCCAUUUCCUCAAAAGCUUUGCUCAAAAAAGGUGAAUCACUUGCCUUGCUAAAAUUUACUAACGCAGAAUUGACCCCGCUAGGCAAUCUCGAGAAAAAUGAAUUUGAGCCGUUGAACUUCGUAACCACAGAUUUAAGAAAAAACGUCAUGGUCUUUGACUCCGAAGGUAAUCUUCAAGGUAAGAUUGGAAACGGUGACAUAACUGGCUGCGUGACUUUUCUUGAUACUUACAAACAUCGCUACCUGCUUACCGGUGGUCUUGACAGAUAUGCGAGAGUGUACCAGCUCGAGAAUAAAAAACUAUUGUGCAAGUGUUUCACUGGUGGGAAAAUUAGUUGCCUAUUAAUACUAGAUGAUAAAGAAGUUGAGAUUCCUCAAACUGAAGAAAUCAGCAAGAAGAAGAAAGCUAGGAAGUUGACACAAGAGGAACAUCUAGCAGACGACGAAGAACUUUGGAGUAAGUUAGAUAGAAAAGUCAAAAGGUCGAAGAAAGAAUAG